AAGUACAUGAGUGAGGUUGCAUUGCAGACACGCACAGGUUAUUAGACGCACGGUUAUUAUGGCCGGUAAAAGAGCGUUAGUGAUUCUUGCGAAAGGAGCGGAGGAGAUGGAGACUGUAAUCCCGGUGGAUGUGAUGCGCAGAGCGGGGAUCGCUGUUACUGUCGCAGGUCUGGCAGGUAAAGAGCCGGUUCAGUGCAGCCGUGAGGUCAUGAUCUGCCCAGACUCCAGCCUGGAGGACGCACACAAACAGGGUCCAUAUGACGUUGUUCUUCUGCCUGGAGGUUUGCUUGGAGCCCAGAACCUUUCUGAGUCUCCUGCUGUGAAAGAGGUGUUGAAGGACCAGGAGGGCAGGAAGGGUCUGAUCGCUGCAAUCUGUGCAGGCCCGACGGCACUGUUGGCUCAUGGCAUUGCAUAUGGCAGCACAGUUACUACUCAUCCUGGUGCCAAGGACAAGAUGAUGGCUGGUGAUCAUUAUAAAUAUUCAGAGGCUCGAGUUCAGAAGGAUGGUAACGUGAUCACCAGCAGAGGGCCAGGAACCAGCUUUGAGUUUGCCUUGACUAUAGUGGAGGAGCUCAUGGGUGCUGAGGUCGCUGCGCAAGUCAAAGCCCCGCUCAUCCUGAAAGACUAAUCUGUGAAGAUCUGCACUGUGUAAAGAUGCAUUUACAAUCGCACCGCUCUGUCAGUCUGAAAGACCCUCUAUUUAAUUGGUUUGGAAUUUGCCUUGAGUGUAUAGGAAAAUUAAUAUUUAAUGAAAUUACUUCAAGAGAGUUGAUGUAGACUGACAAAUUGAUAAAGCUUUUAAUGCUUUCUGUGAUGUCAGAUAUCAAGUUCUCCAGCUUUGCACUUAAUAACUUCUGUACCAGAAUAAAACAGUUGUGCACUAAACUCUCAAAA